AUGGAACAGUACGAACGCACUUUGGCACUGAUAACACCGGAUGGGAUGCAACAUCGAGACACGAUAACACAGCGCAUAAGAGAGGCCGGCUUUUUCAUCCUGCAAUCACGCGUCUUAAGGCUAACGCCAGAGCAGGCUUCCGAAUUUUACCGUUCUAGAAGCAGCAACCCGGACUACCGUGCCAUGAUAAUCGCUUUGACGAAGGGUCCCGUCCAGGCGAUGUGUCUUUCCAAGCGGAAUGCCGUACAGGAUUUGCUUUGGUUGAUUGGCCCCGAACGUUACCCGGAAGCGGUGACAAAUGCCCCGGGAUCUCUGCGAGCCCUGUUCGCCGAUUGUUGCGAUGACCUGCAAAGUGCUGUUCUUGGAAGUCGAGAUGCAGCUAGUGCUGAGUUCGAAGUUAAGUUUUUCUUUCCAUCACUGAUCUUGGAACCGAUUGGCAACGAGCAGCAAGUAAACCGUUACCUGACUGCCAUGGUUAACCCGACCUUGAUGGACGGGUUGCAUUUGCUUGCCAAGGAGCGUCCUGAACAACCGGCUUUGUGGUUAUCGAAAUGGUUACUGCUGAAUAAUCCGUAUAAACCGAAGAUUUCAGCGACUAAUGCUAAUCCCGCAACGAAUGAAACUGUUAAAUUGUGCAAUUGUAAAGAAUUUAGUGACAAUGGACUAUGUUCAUGUUUACUCUCGUUUAUCAGUGAAUCGAAUCCCAAUUUAUUUCGAGCAUAA